AUCAGCGUGUACGUUUCCCACGUCUCCCUCCACAACCAGCUAGUUAGCUUUCUAGCUAAAUGAUACGGAACCCGAAAACCAAAGCGAACAACGCAUUUUCUUUAAUUUGUUAACGUUUACUGAUACAACAAACGCGAUCAAUAAUCAGCGUUUGUUUACGGUUUGUAACGCGCGUGAAAACGUACCUCUAUAAUCGAGGGUAGCGUCGCAUUACCUUGUAUUUUUCCACUGCACCGGUUUUAUGUGAGCACAAAGGCCCAUACAGCCCGCUGUUUCCAAGCAUGUAUCCUUGGGGUACUAACUACGGUGGUGGCCAUCAACCACCUUCGCAGCAGAACUUUGGUGCGCCGUCUCCUCAAGGCGAAGGCUUCGGAGGAGGAUUCGGGAGCUACGGAGCCGCUACGCCCGCAGCUACACCCGGUUCGACUUUCAACAGCCUGCGGGAGCAGCAUCUCCAGCAGAUGCAGCAGCUGCAACAGCUCCACCAAAAACAACUCCAAUCCGUGCUGCACCACGACAGGAACGUAGAUGCAAACCCCUAUGGCGGCGGUGGUACUGCGGCCGAAUCGUGGCAAGGCAGUACGGGAUAUGGGUAUGGUCCAACGGGGCCCGGUGCCCCUUCCCCUUAUCAAGAUGAGUAUCAGACCGUGCAAGCCGGCCCCCCCGGACCACAACAGCAGCUGCCGCCGCAACCACCACAGUCCCCGCAGUCCAAGGAGGCCCAGCCUCCCCCACCAGAUUCGACCCUUCCGGUGCCCACUCAGAACAAUGGUACUCCAGCGACUAAAGAGGUAAACAAGAAAGAAUCUUUGGCCUCGAAAGACCAGGCACAUUCCUCUGCGUCGGAGGAGGAAAAGCCCGAUUUUACGUCAAUGUCGUUGCAGGAGCAGCAGCAGUACUGGUACAAGCAGCAUCUCCAGAAUCUGCAGAGGCUGAAAGCAGAGAAGGCCAAACAAGGCCUGGGUGAUGGCCCAGCGCCCCGGCCCCACUCGGCAGCCGCGCCUCCCCCUCCAUCGGAACCCCCUAAGAACGCCCCUCCACCACCUCCACCCAAAGAGCAGCCCCCACCACCACCUCCACCAGAGGACAAAACGCCUGCACCCCCAGUCCAGGACCCAGCAGAGGCAGCCCGGCUGCAGCAGCUCCAGAGCGCAGCGGCCCAGUGGCAGCAGGCCCAGCAGCAGAGAGCGGGCUACCAGUACCAAGCCCUGAUGCGUCACCAUGCUCAGCUACAGACCAUCCUCAACCAGUACCAGCAGUGUAUCCAACAACCUGCACAUCUAGAGACGAUGGCUAUGGCCAUGCAGCUGGGUCACUAUGAGACGCAGCAGCAGCAGUUUGUCCCGGUGUUUGCAGACUGGGGCCGCACCUUCAGCCAGUGGCAAGAGCAGUUCCAGUCCUACCCACAUAAAGACCAGCUACAGGACUAUGAGUUACAGUGGAAACAGUGGCAGGAACAGAUGAACUCCACCUCAGCACACCUACAGGAGAGGGUCACCACCCUGCGAGCCAUGCAGCAACAGUACGGAGGCGGUGGACAGUACGGCGCUGAUCAAUACAGUAGUAGUAAUCAGUAUGGUAGUGGAGGGUACGGGGACCAGUAUAACCAAUAUGGUCAGUACCCACACUCUGGACCGGACUCACAGAUUCAACAAGGUCACAUGGUGAGCCCGUCCAUGCCGUCCCAGCCAGGUAGCCAGCCCUCGUCCGCCUCUGGAUCCAUGUCGCAGGGCCCUCGACCAGGGCAGCAAGGCCCCUCAAAUGCCCAACGCAUGGGAACCCCCACAGGAGAACCACACCAAGGGCCUCAGGCAGAGCAGUACAACCUGUCUGGACCUCCAGGGAGAGGGGCAGGCCCAGGAGGGGCAGGCCCAGGAGGGAGAGGGGCGGCCAGACCACCAGUUCCACCACCAGGACAGCCUCCACCCUACCAAGGCCCCAGAGGACCAAGGUUUGAUGGUCCGAGAGGGAACGGCCCGCUGUUUGACCAGCAGCAGCAAUCUGGACAACAGCAGAGGUUUAAUGUUCCACCAGGCCCCAGGUUCAACGAGCAGCGCCAGAGGUUCGACCAGCCUGGCCCCAGAGGACCAGGGCCUCGAUUUGGGCAGCAGGGGUCCCGGUUUGACCAGCCCCCGAGACAGAGCCCCCCUGGCCGCUUUGAAAGACCACCUGGUCCCCCAGUUCCCCAUAUAGGCCCACAGCCUAAACCAGACACUGGUAAAGACACACAACCACUACAGGGUAAGACUGAGACGCCGGCGGGCUCCAAGCCUCCUACUAAUAAACCUACCGGGCCAGCGAAACCAGGAGCAGAACCGGAGGAUAUGUCAGAGGACAUGUUGGACUCACUGGACGGCUUCUUCGUCCAAAAUGACCCCAUCCCUCAGACGAAGGCAGAAGCUGACGCUGCUGCUGCUGAUAGUAAGGGAUCCACCACCAACAUGGAGAAGGUGAGCCCUACUGGUCCUGCCGGUGCCAAGCCCCAUGUGUCCACCGACGCCUCGGUGUCCCAGAAAACCGCUUUCAAACCAGGUGGACCAGAUGGGCCAUUGAAGAAUAAUGUCAAUAACAACAACAGGCCUCAGGGACCACCGGGGCCGAAGCCCCACGGACCGGAGCCUUCGAAGACAGACCCAAUGACCAACCAACCUCCUGGUCCUCCGGGGCCCAUGGGACGUGGUAGAGGGGGACGUGGCCAGCCGCUAGGGUCUGUCAGAGGAAGAGGGGAGGUGGAUUUAGGGAUGAGGGGAGGUAGAGGACGAGGAGAGGCGGAUGGAGGGAUGAGGGGAGGUAGAGGACGAGGAGAGGCGGAUGGAGGGAUGAGGGGAGGUAGAGGAAGAGGACGAGGGGAGGUGGAUUUAGGGAUGAGGGGAGGUAGAGGACGAGGGGAGGUGGAUGGAGGGAUGAGGGGAGGUAGAGGACGAGGGGAGGUGGAUGGAGGGGUGAGGGGAGGUAGAGGACGAGGAGAGGCGGAUGGAGGGAUGAGGGGGCGAGGAGGAAGAGGUGGUCUGAGUGGACGUGGAGGAAAACAGCCCGGUAUCCCAGACUUCAGUCCCAACACUAUCCCCCUGGGAGGUGGGAGGACGGAGGACGACAUGGAGGGUGUUCCUUACGACUACAGACCUCCACAACAUGGAGAUUACAACAUGGAGAUCAACAUGAGAUCACAACAUGGAGGACCAGAGGAGGACUGGCAGCAGGACCCUUCACUGGAGAAACCUGGAGGUCCUCCUCUGCCUGAAGAGGAGAUGUGGGUCCCUGAAGAACACUACUACCCUCCAGAGGACUACUACGAAGACGCAGGGAGAGGAGGUCCCCCUAUGGGGAGAGGAGAGCCUCUAGACGGGCACCACUGGGAGGAAGCAGACCCCCCACCUCCAGAGUACUGGGGAGAGGAAGGAGAUCCCUACUGGAUGGACCGGAGGCCCCCUCCUCAUGGCAUGAGAGGAGGCCCCCGAGCCCCCUUCCCUCCUGGGCGUGGUCGCCCUCCACGCGGCCGACCCGGCUUCAUGCACCAGGGGGGUCCCAGACGCCCCCUUCCUCCUCCUCACGGAGCCAUGGACCCCCAUGACCCUCUAGGGUCCCCCAUGGGGCCUCAUGAUGACAUGGACCCUCUGGGACCCCCGCUGCAUCGAGACUACAACCCCAGAGGGCCGCCCAUACACCACGAUAUGAUGGAGCGAGACAUGAGGGGACGGCCUCCUCCACCAAGAGAGAUGAUGGACAGAGAUCUGAUGGGGCCUGGUGAUCCUCCUCCAUACCAUGACAUGGAUAGGGACCUUGGCUGGCCCCCGGGCCCAGGACGACCCCCCAACCGCGGCAGAGUUGGGCCAAGGGGUCCACCUCCCCUUGAGAUGAUGAUGGAGCGAGGGGGGAUGAGGAGGCGUCCUACAGGCCAUCGGGGAGCCCUGAUGGGCCGGGGCAUGAUGCAGCAACCACCUCACCCACACGAGGAGCUGGAGGGGUACCCCCACGACGGGUAUGGGGAGGAGUUUGGUGGUCCUGAUGAUGACGGGUAUGGAAGACCGCUACCGCCACGUGAUUGGCCGAACCGCCCGCCACAUGAAUACGAGCGUGAGGAGGAGUAUUAUCCCCAUGAUCAGCCUCCUCGCGGUGGGGAGUGGGACAGGGAGAGAGGACGACCACUACCAGAGAGAGACUACCCUCCCUACCCUCCCCCAGACCGCUUCAGAGAGGACGAGUGGACUGAUGAAAGGGACCAAGAUCGUCCUCCAUUCGCCUACGAGGGAGACAGAGAUCGUCCUCCAUUCGCCUAUGAGGGAGACAGAGAUCGUCCUCCAUUCGCCUACGAGGGAGAAGAGCAUGGAAGAGGAGGCAAGCUACAAAGUCGCGACUACCCGGACGACCCUCCUUACAGGCACGAUGAACCCCCCUACUUGCCCCCUCCAGAGUGGGAGAGAUCAAGACCACCCCUUCCGGAGAGAAACUACCACCCAGACUUUGAGGAGCGUAGGCCCCAUUACGACGGGCGAGCCGAACCACCUAGAUCAGAUCUAGGUAUCCCUCCACCCACACCUUCCCAGGCCCCUGCUCCUCCCAGUACUGGACCAGACAGUUCCUCGGAAUCAGCCUCACAGGGAACUGGACCGGGCAUACUGGCUCUGUCACAACGACAACAUGAGAUCAUCCUGAAAGCUGCCCACGAGCUGAAGCUUAUCAGGUCUGUUUCUCUGGUACUGAACAGAGAAAUGCAGGAGAAUUUGACCGAGGGAGAGGCCCUAUCCAUCACGUCUGACCCCAAGACGGAGCUCCCUGCUGGGCUACUGGGGCUGGAGAUACCCCCUGAGGUCCGGAGUGCCCUGCAGGCGACCAAUCUCAUUUCUAGCUCAACUGCUGCAAAAACAGUGGCGUGGGGAGACACCAAACCUCAAGAUACUGGGUACCUGUCCUCCGUUCCUCCAGUGUCCAACACAUCAGUCAUCCCUAAGACUGUCGACUAUGGACAUGGACAUGACCUGGGUGCUGCCACGGUGGAGCGAAUCUCUUACGGUGAGAGGAUUGUGUUGAGGCCUGAUCCUUUACCUGACAGAGAGAGGGAGAGGAGCUAUGAAAAAGAACUGCUGGGCCCCCUGAGAGAGAGAGACCCCUACCACAGAGACCUGUACUACGACAGACGACCGGUAGACCCCUACAUGGGGCGCAGGGAGUACAGCAGAGAGAGGGAGAUGUACAGAGAAAAAGCUCCCGUGGACUUUGAAAGAGAGCGAUACGAGAGGGAGCGUUAUCCGCCUCGAGAUGACAGCAAACACUUCAUGGAUGUUGAUGAAAGACAACCCCCGGGCCAUCCUCGCCCCGGCCCCCCACCUCCUCGCCCGGGCUACAGGGACAGAGACAUGAGGGAGAGGGAGGGCAACCGGACCAGUAGAGACAGAGAGGAUCCUUAUGGAAGGCCUGGGGGUUAUGACAGACCUCCGUUCGAGCGCGGGCCUGAACGUGGGCCUGAGCGCUACGACCAUGGUGCCUCGACAUAUGGUGAACGGAGGAGUUACCCAGAGGAGAGAGGAGGAGGAGGCCCCACGUCGUCUCACCCUCCUCCCCCACCGACUGCUCCUCCUUCCAGGAUGGAGAAGAAACCUGAGACCAAGAACGUGGAGGAUCUUCUCAAACUGCCAGGCCGAGACACCCGUCCAGAAAGGAUCGUUAUCAUAAUGAGAGGCCUACCAGGAAGUGGAAAAAGCCAUGUGGCCAAGCUGAUACGGGAUAAGGAGGUGGAGUGUGGAGGGGCUCCUCCCAGAGUGCUGGGAUUAGACGACUACUUCAUGACGGAGGUGGAGAAGGUGGAGAAGGACCCAGAAACAGGGAAACGGGUUAAACUCAAGUGUCUGGAAUACGAGUAUGAAGCCGAGAUGGAAGACACGUACAGGAACAGUAUGCUUAAAACAUUCAGGAAGACCCUGGACGACGGCUUCUUCCCCUUCAUCAUCAUCGACGCUAUUAAUGACAGGGUUAAAUACUUUGAUCAGUUCUGGAGUGCUGCCAAGACUAAAGGCUUCGAGGUGUACUUGGCUGAAAUCACUGCAGACAAUCAGACUUGUGCUAAAAGAAAUGCCCACGGACGGAAGAUUAAGGAUAUUCAAAAGAUGUCCAGUAACUGGGAGUCAUCUCCACGUCACAUGGUGCGUCUGGAUGUCCGGUCCCUGCUUCAGGACGCUGCUAUUGAGGAGGUUGAGAUGGAAGACUUCAAUCCUGAUGACGAGCCGCUGAAGGAGCCCAAGAAGGAGGAGGAGGAGGAAGAUAUUAAGGGUUACAUUCCACAAAGCAAAUGGGAGAUGGACACUUCUGAUGCCAAACUCGACAAGCUGGACGGCUUGGUGAUGGGGGGGAAGAGGAAGAGGGAGGGAGACGAUGUGGCAGGCAUGGAUGACUUUCUUCAGCUGCCGGACGACUACGCCACACGCCACUCUGAGCCCGGCAAGAAGAGGGUUCGCUGGGCUGACCUCGAAGAGCAGAAGGAUGCAGAACGCAAGCGUGAUAUCGGCUUUGUGGUGGGUCAAACAGACUGGGAGAAAAUCACAGACCAGAGCGGACAGAUAGCUCAGAGAGCUCUCAACCGCACUAAGUAUUUCUAGUAACAGAAGAUCACUGCCCUCACCCCCUGCUUCUUGAUUUAUAGGUCUGCAGACUGUGAAUAUGCUUAACCCGUUUCUCGGAAAAACAAAGUCAUGAAGACUACUCAUUCUACCUGUUGACUUUUAGGAGAUCCAUAGUUGUUUAUUCCAUUAUUAGAAUACAGGAUAGCUUUAUCUUGCGUUAAAAAAAAAAGUAAUAAUAAUAAUUAUUGAUCUUCAAUUUGAGUAUUUUUAGUUGUUAUUCCUUCCUCUUUUCGAUGGUAAAAUUCAUGCACCAGUUUAUCUUGAGCUUUGCUUCUCAUUUUAUACUGUAAUGUCUACCUGUAUGUUAGCACUGUUGCUUAUUUUAUUAAAUAAACAAUAAGAGUUUCACACACAAAACAA